UCUCUCUCUCGCUCUCGCUUAACUCCGAAGAUCGCCGACGCUUCCGGAGCGACAUCCUCUUCCUCGAUCUUGGGAAUCCCCCGAAGAACCCCACCCCACCUCGCCGCAACGGUCCGAGAAGCUUCGCCGCCGCCGCCGCCGCCGCCGCCGGAGGAGAGGCUUUCCCUCGCAUUCGUGGGACGGCGGGUUCGUCGACAUGAGGCUCGGUCCGCACCACUCUCACCCGUACCAGUCCCGGAAGGCGGCGCUCGCCGGGCUCGUCGCCGUCCUGCUUCCGGUCUUCUUCCCCGGCCUGUUCAGGCCGCUGGGCCGGGCUUCGCCGUCCAUGUUCUCCGAAUGGAAUGCUCCGAAACCCAGACAUUUGCCUCUGCUAAAGGCCGCCAUACAGCGGCAAAUCCCCUUCAGGCAACAGUUGGAUCUAUGGUCUCCAUUGCCUGAUCAAGGAUGGAAGCCCUGUAUUGGGUCGCCUACAGAUGAUCCCCCGCUGUCAGGGAAAUCUCUGGGUUACAUCCAGGUUUUUCUUGAUGGAGGCUUGAACCAGCAGAGGAUGGGGAUCUGUGAUGCAGUUGCCGUUGCCAAAAUAUUAAAUUCCACACUGGUGAUUCCACACCUUGAAGUCAAUCCUGUGUGGCAAGAUACGAGUUCAUUUUCAGACAUAUUUGAUGUGGAUCACUUCAUCAGUGUAUUAGAAGGUGACAUUUCAAUAGUGAAAGAGCUUCCUGGCAAAUAUUCUUGGAGCACAAGGGAAUAUUAUGCUACAGGGAUUCGAGAUACCAGAAUUAAGAUGGCACCUGUUCAUGCUUCAGCUAACUGGUAUCUGGAAAAUGUCUUGCCUAUUCUACAGAGAUUUGGAAUUGCCGCUAUUUCGCCGUUCUCUCACCGUUUAACCUUUAACAAUCUCCCACCAAACAUCCAGCGCUUGCGGUGUAAAGUCAACUUUGAAGCACUAGCUUUUGUUCCUCAUAUCAGGAAAUUGGCUGAGACCCUUGUAAGUCACCUUCGUUACCCUGUUACGGAAAGUCAAGCAAUGGGGAACUUACAUGUGAAAGACGGAAGAGAGGAGAUGAGAAAUCAGGGAUCAGGAAAGUUCGCUGUAUUACAUCUGCGUUUUGAUAAGGACAUGGCAGCUCAUUCAGCAUGUGAUUUUGGUGGGGGUAAAGCUGAAAGAAUGGCCCUUGCGAAGUACCGUCAGGUAAUAUGGCAGGGAAGGGUGGUGAACUCCCAAUUUACCAAUGAAGAACUAAGGAAUCAGGGCCGUUGUCCCUUGACGCCUGAACAGAUUGGGUUGCUGCUUGCGGCUUUAGGUUUCAGCAACAGUACACGGCUUUAUCUUGCUUCUCAUAAGGUGUAUGGUGGAGAAUCAAGGAUCUCAACUUUGCGCAAAUUGUUUCCACUAAUGGAGGACAAGAAAAGUCUCUCCUCUACAGAAGAGCGAGCCAAGGUCAAAGGCAAGGCUUCUUUACUGGCUGCAGUUGAUUACUAUGUAAGCAUGCAGAGCGAUGUCUUCAUUUCUGCCUCUCCAGGGAAUAUGCACAAUGCUGUGCUAGGACAUCGAGCGUUCUUGAACUUGAAGACUAUAAGGCCAAACAUGGCGCUUUUGGGGCAGCUGUUUCUCAAUAAAAGCAUGGAAUGGUUGGACUUCCAGCGUGCUGUUAUCGAGGGACAUAAAAAUAGACAGGGACAUAUUCGAUUGAGAAAGGAGAAGCAGUCCAUAUAUACGUAUCCUGCUCCUGAUUGUAUGUGCCAAGCUUAGAGGAUUGGAGUAGAUUCUUACAUAGCUCGUGCCAUCUCUAAGAGCUUACCGCAUCAUGAUGUAUUAGUACGUCUGCUCGGAAUCAUCUUUAAGUAGCUCGUUAGUAUAUGCCACAUGGAAUUGUAAUCUCGAUCUCUUUCCCUUUCUUGGUUUAUUUUUUGAGCUUA